CAAUCUGACGUAUGAGGAAGUGUUAAAGCAAAUUUAAAAAACAAUGGGCUUGCAGCUCGUUAUUUGGGAAAACGACGCUUAAAAAUAUAGAUUUAUUGGUUCAAAAAAUUCACAAACUCUUCUGCUCGAUAUCACCCAAGGACAAAAUAGGAGCAGCUCAGUGUCAGGACUGUCCUGGUUCGUCUGAUGUCUUCUGGCUGUCCUCCUCAAUCCCCUGCCGUGGCGAAGCAGGAGGUCGCCGUGGACGGAGAAUGCCCUCUUUUGGCCGCCACCUUUGCCUACUGGGACAACAUCCUGGGCCCGCGCGUGCACUACAUCUGGGUUCCAAAGGGUGACCAGCUGAUGUUCCUGAGCGAUGGAGAAGUCACCUUUCUGGCUAAUCACACGCUCAACGGGGAGAUCCUUCGAAGCGCAGAGUGUGGCGCCGUGGAUGUGAAGUUUUUCGUCCUAGCAGAGAAGGGCGUCAUCAUCGUGUCGCUUAUCUUCGAUGGCGAGCUGAAGGGGGAUAAGAACACAUGUGCUUUGUCCAUUAUUCUGCCUCAGACCGAGCUGUCCUUCUACCUGCCCCUGCAUGCUGUCUGCGUGGACAGGCUGAAGCACGCUGUCCGCAAAGGCCGCAUUUGCAUGCAGAAGGGCUUUAACAUCAUAGAUGUUCUAAGCUCAGAGAUUGAUCCUAUAAUGAAGCUGCUGGCCUCAAUGAAAUCUCACAGUGUGCCUGAAGACAUAGAUAUAAAAGACACCGUGCUAAAUGACGAUGACAUCGGAGACAGCUGCCAUGAGGAUUUCCUCCAUAAAGCAAUCAGUUCCCAUCUGCAGACGUGUGGCUGUUCAUUAGUAGUCGGUAGCAACCCAGAGAAAGUCAAUAAGAUCGUGCGGACUCUCUGCCUUUUUCUCACCCCAGCUGAGCGAAAGUGCUCUCGCCUCUGCAGGGCCGACUCCCACUUUAAAUACGACACAGGCCUGUUUGUUCAGGGUCUGCUCAAGGAUUCCACAGGCAGCUGUGUCCUGCCUUACCGACAGGUGCUCUACUCCCCUUAUCCAACCACACACAUCGACGUUGACAUUAACACGGUCAAGCAGAUGCCACCGUGCCACGAGCACACGUACAAGCAGCGGCAGUACAUGCGGCUAGAACUGAGUUCACUCUGGAAGGCGGAAAGCGAGGAGGACAUUUCCCCAGACAACAUCAUUCACACUAGUGAAACCCCAGACCUGAAUAUUUUCCAUGACGUCAUGCAUAAAGACACUCUGGUCAAGAGUUUUAUAGACGAGGUGUUCAUGCUUAAGCCAGGCCUUUCCCUGCGGAGCACGUAUCUGUCCCAGUUCCUGCUGCUGCUUCACAGGAAGGCGCUCACGCUGCUCAAGUACAUCGAGGACGACACCCAAAAGGGCAAAAAGCCGUUUCGAUCGCUGCGUAACCUAAAGACGGAUCUGGAUCUGAAAGAGGAAGGCGACCUAAAUAUCAUAAUGGCUUUUGCCGAGAAGCUGAAGUCCGGACUCCACUCGUUUGUGUUUUGGAAGCCGUUCUACACCAGCAUGCAGGAGCGAGACGCGCUCACGAACUUUUGAUUUAGCUCACUUGCACUUUCAUGUCUUGUACUUUGUCAAGUUGUUUGUAUUCCCACAGAAAAGCUGGAACAUUGAUCCACCGCUGUCAUUAACCAGUGUUGGAUUUCAAUCAAUACAGAUUGAAUGCUGUUACCCAAAAAAUGUUACAGCUGUUAUAAGUCUUUAGGAUUUCAUGCGUGUCUUAUCAACAGUAAUAAUGACUUGUUCUGAGAUGGAAUGAAUUCAUAAAUCGUACACUUUUUAAAUGAGGGUCUAAAUUAAAUAUUAUGUUGACUCAGGUGCCCGUAGAAGAAGAAAAAAGGUGAUAUUUAAUUUUAAGGUUUCUUGUUUAAUUAAUGCCUGUGUCAAAUCAUUUUAGUUGACCUUUUGACAUAUUUGUAUUUAUUUAUUUUGAAAUGAUUCUAACAUGUUCUGAAUGAUAAGACCUGACCUGUGACAUCACAGGUUGGAGAAGUUGACAAAGUACUCUGAAAUAAAACCAUAUAAGGAAGAGCAGGUUAUUUGUCUAUGUGGCUUUAUUAAAACUCAUUUCUUCUGCAUACAUUUUUUUGUCUCCUGUCACUUGAAGAUUCUCUAAUUAUAAUUUGUUUACUGGAAUCAAUGUUAACUGAGUCUUAUUUUGACAGGAAAGUACUGGUGUGGCAUUAUUUUCUCCUCUUUUUUUAAUCUGACAUUUUCUCAGUUGGGUAAUGAUGGAAUCAUUUAAAUGGUUUAUUAUCUGCUAUUUAAAUGCAGCAUUUUUUAGGCAUGUCGAUAAAUCCAAUUAAAUGAUCAGACAUUGCAACUAACCAACGUAAACUGUUGGUUAAUAUUAACUUCUUGGCCCUAUAUAACAAUUCACAUAAGAAGAGCAAAAUCAAUGUCAUUAAUUAAACAAUUCCAUCAUUUUUCUUUUUAUCAAAUGGAAACAUUAACUUCGUUUUGCUGCCUCGUUAUUUAUGUAGAACUUGGGUUUAAACACCCACAACUUUUAUACUUUUCUAAACGACUAUUUUUUAUAAGAAGCAUUCUAGUUUUAAAACAUGCCAGUACGGUGAAUACUUGAGCCACACAGAUUUAUCAGAAAAAAUCUGGGCAUAAGAAAAAAAAAAUUGCCUUUUUAUGUCUGUAGAGAAAGAUUGGAGACAUAAUACAUUAAUUACUUCAAUAUUAACACUUAAAAUGUUUCUAAAUAAUAAUGGGUAUGAUAAUAAGAUGAUCUCAUUGAUCACAAAACAUUCUUAAAAGUAGCAUGUCCAGUAAAAAACACAUUUCUUUUUGUGCUAAAAUGCAGAUUCAAAUAAAGAAUUUUCCUACAAACAUUUUGAAUUUUAACAUUUAUUACCCAAAACCCAAACUAGCAACUAGAAAUGUGAAGGCUUAAAGAUUUUGUAGCACCUGAAACCCACAACGGAUUGAAAAGUGUUUUUUUUUUUUAAGAAGAUAUUUAAGAAGCAUUUGAGUGAUAAAAUCCAAUUUCUCAGCUGGAAUGUACUUUUUCAUUUUUUGGUGUAAGAUUCUGCACAAACAAGUUAACUGGAAACACAUCAGCAGCUUUGAGACAUUGUAAACCCAGUGGCUGUGUUGCAAAGACACACACAAAAAAAAUUGUGUUUCAUAAAGCAAGAAAUAAUUUUUCUCAUGUAGAAAAGAAUUACUCUGCAACCUAUUUCAAUUCAUAUGUGGCCAUCGUAAAAGGACAUUUUCUAUGUAGCUUUUUUUCUGAAGCACUGUAGGUAAAUGGAGCAGUUAGAAUAGCCCCAGCUGUCCGUAGUUUCCUCCAGAAAGAUUAUAGACAUGUCUUCUGGAAAGCCUUGAAGUACUUUAUGUUGAAAACAAGAAAAAAAAAGGUAAAGGAUCAGUUAAUUCAGCAACAAAACUAUUGAAAAAGUUUUCAAAAAACAGAAAAUAUGAAGCCUACAUGUGAACCAGUUUAAAAAUACAGAUAACUGAUUAACUGUGAGGUAAAGGCUUUGAGGUGGAUGUUGGUUACUUUUAAAUCACAAUUUUUUUACUAUGAUAUACUCUGUAAAUACUUUGGUUUUUCCUUUUCAUUAAAAAAAAGAAUCAACUAAACAGCAAGUUUUAAUAUUGUAUUUUGUGAUUAAAUUAUUUGAUAAGUGUUGGAAACAAGACAAAGUCAAAUGCCAUAACAAAAGUAGCUGUUAUUGCCUCUCCCUCUAGGGGGUAAUCCUAUGGAAUUACCCCAUGUUUGCACAUCUGAUUUGGCUUCAGUUUGACAUCCUUCUUGACCCGACCCCUGCAUUUACCUGGAUUUGAAACAAGCAUGUGGAAACAAUGGGAAAUGUAUUGUACAGUUGUCAUAACCUAUGUAUUCGUAUGCAUCUCAGAUCUAUGUGCAUGUUUAACUUUUAUUGUUUUGUUGCACUUUACUCUUGUUAGACAAGAACUGCAUUUUGUUACCUUGUACCUGUACAUGUCUAUUAACAAUAAAGUUGAAUAUAAUCUGAUAUAAAGUA